AACAUUUUGUCUAAUCUGAUAGCAAGCAGAUCCAUCUUUACUCCCAGUAAUGGAACAUUUAGGAUCAAUAAACUGAGCAGAACUGAUGGUGGUGAAUAUAAACUUAAACCUUUAAUGCAGAGGGUCGUAUUAAUUCAGAGCGGUCUCUACAGUUGACCAUUCAAGGUAAAUAACUAUUUAUUACAUGCAUCUCAUAUUCCACGUGCUCUAUAUCUGUAUCUCUGUCUGGACUGCUCUAUAUUAGAAACUCUACAGAAUGAUCAGGAUUUUGUCAAUAUGUAAAGUCAUCUGAGUGUGUUUCCUUCAGCUCCUGUGUCCUCUGUCCUGCUGGUCUCUGAGUGUCUGUCCCAGGGAGAGAUGAAGGUGUCCUGCUCCUCUGAGGGAGCAGACAGUCCUCAGUACAGCUGGACUCUGAAUGGACGAACUCUGACAGACUCUGAGCUCCUCUCUGGAAACACUGAGACUAACAGCAUCACUCUGAAACAACACGUCUCAGGACAACUGGUCUGCUCUGUCAGGAACGACGUCAGUAGUGACUUUAAAGAAGUGAAGAUAUCAACCUGUGGCUUCAUAUUCAUUAACUGCACCUCACCCAAAGGGACGCACAUAUCACAGUGGGUGUAUGAAGCCAAUAAUACCCUGUGUAUUGAGCCAACAACAGCUUCCACCCCGAUUACAGUAACUGAGGCCUCCACUGUGGGUAUGGAAACCUACUGUGAUGGCAGACAGAAUGGAGCUCAGUGUUAUGGAGCUUUGGGAGGAACUGUGGUCCUCCAGCUGAUGGACAACGCCUCAGAAAUACAUAAAUACCAAUUGCUGAAAAAUAAAUCUCUAAUACUGGUUGUGAGAAGGAAUAACAUUGUGUCUAAUCUGAUAGCAAGCAGAUCCAUCUUUACUCCCAGUAAUGGAAUAUUUAGGAUCAAUAAACUGAGCAGGACUGAUGGUGGUGAAUAUAAACUUGAAACCUUUAAUGCAGAAGGUCGUGGUUCAGAUCGGGCUCUACAGUUGACCAUUCAAGCUCCUGUGUCCUCUGUCCUGCUGGUCUCUGAGUGUCUGUCCCAGGGAGAGAUGAAGGUGUCCUGCUCCUCUGAGGGAGCAGACAGUCCUCAGUACAGCUGGACUCUGGAUGGACGAACUCUGACAGACUCUGAGCUCCUCUCUGGAAACACUGAGACUAACAUCAUCACUCUGCAACAACACGUCUCAGGACAACUGGUCUGCUCUGUCAGGAACGACGUCAGUAGUGACUUUAAAGAAGUGAAGAUAUCAACCUGUGGCUUCAUAUUCAUUGACUGCACCUCACCCAAAGGGACGCACAUAUCACAGUGGGUGUAUGAAGCCAAUAAUACCCUGUGUAUUGAGCCAACAACAGCUUCAACCCCGAUUACAGUAACUGAGGCCUCCACUGUGGGUAUGGAAACCUACUGUGAUGGCAGACAGAAUGGAGCUCAGUGUUAUGGAGCUUUGGGAGGAACUGUGGUCCUCCAGCUGAUGGACAACGCCUCAGAAAUACCAAGAUACCAAUUGUUGAAAAAUAAAUCUCUAAUACUGGUUGGGAGAAGGAAUAACAUUGUGUCUAAUCUGAUAGCAAGCAGAUCCAUCUUUACUCCCAGUAAUGGAAUAUUUAGGAUCAAUAAACUGAGCAGGACUGAUGGUGGUGAAUAUAAACUUAUAACCUUUAAUGCAGAGGGUCGUAUUUCAGAGCGGUCUCUACAGUUGACCAUUCAAGCUCCUGUGUCCUCUGUCCUGCUGGUCUCUGAGUGUCUGUCCCAGGGAGAGAUGAAGGUGUCCUGCUCCUCUGAGGGAGCAGACAGUCCUCAGUACAGCUGGACUCUGGAUGGACGAACUCUGACAGACUCUGAGCUCCUCUCUGGAAACACUGAGACUAACAUCAUCACUCUGAAACAACACGUCUCAGGACAACUGGUCUGCUCUGUCAGGAACGACGUCAGUAGUGACUUUAAAGAAGUGAAGAUAUCAACCUGUGGCUUCAUAUUCAUUAACUGCACCUCACCCAAAGGGACGCACAUAUCACAGUGGGUGUAUGAAGCCAAUAAUACCCUGUGUAUUGAGCCAACAACAGCUUCCACCCCGAUUACAGUAACUGAGGCCUCCACUGUGGGUAUGGAAACCUACUGUGAUGGCAGACAGAAUGGAGCUCAGUGUUAUGGAGCUUUGGGAGGAACUGUGGUCCUCCAGCUGAUGGACAACGCCUCAGAAAUACCAAGAUACCAAUUGUUAAAGAAAUCUGUAAUACUGGUUGGGAGAAGGAAUAACAUUUUGUCUAAUCUGAUAGCAAACAGAUCCAUCUUUACUCCCAGUAAUGGAACAUUUAGGAUCAAUAAACUGAGCAGAACUGAUGGUGGUGAAUAUAAACUUGAAACCUUUAAUGCAGAGGGUCGUGGUUCAGAGCGGGCUCUACUGUUGACCAUUCAAGCUCCUGUGUCCUCUGUCCUGCUGGUCUCUGAGUGUCUGUCCCAGGGAGAGAUGAAGGUGUCCUGCUCCUCUGAGGGAGCAGACAGUCCUCAGUACAGCUGGACUCUGGAUGGACGAACUCUGACAGACUCUGAGCUCCUCUCUGGAAACACUGAGACUAACAUCAUCACUCUGAAACAACACGGACAACUGGUCUGCUCUGUCAGGAACGACGUCAGUAGUGACUUUAAAGAAGUGAAGAUAUCAACCUGUGGCUUCAUAUUCAUUAACUGCACCUCACCCAAUGGGACACACAUAUCACAGUGGGUGUAUGAAGCCAAUAAUACCCUGUGUAUUGAGCCAACAACAGCUUCCACCCCGAUUACAAUAACUGAGGCCUCCACUGUGGGUAUGGAAACCUACUGUGAUGGCAGACAGAAUGGAGCUCAGUGUUAUGGAGCUUUGGGAGGAACUGUGGUCCUCCAGCUGAUGGACAACGCCUCAGAAAUACCAAGAUACCAAUUGUUGAAAAAUAAAUCUGUAAUACUGGUUGGGAGAAGGAAUAACAUUGUGUCUAAUCUGAUAGCAAGCAGAUCCAUCUUUACUCCCAGUAAUGGAACAUUUAGGAUCAAUAAACUGAGCAGGACUGAUGGUGGUGAAUAUAAACUUAUAACCUUUAAUGCAGAGGGUCAUAUUAAUUCAGAUCGGGCUCUACAGUUGACCAUUCAAGCUCCUGUGUCCUCUGUCCUGCUGGUCUCUGAGUGUCUGUCCCAGGGAGAGAUGAAGGUGUCCUGCUCCUCUGAGGGAGCAGACAGUCCUCAGUACAGCUGGACUCUGAAUGGACGAACUCUGACAGACUCUGAGCUCCUCUCUGGAAACACUGAGACUAACAGCAUCACUCUGCAACAACACGGACAACUGGUCUGCUCUGUCAGGAACGACGUCAGUGGUGACUUUAAAGAAGUGAAUAUAUCAACCUGUGGCUUCACAUUCAUUAACUGCACCUCACUCAAUGGGACACACAUAUCACAGUGGGUGUAUGAAGCCAAUAAUACCCUGUGUAUUGAGCCAACAACAGCUUCCACCACGAUUACAAUAACUGAGGCCUCCACUGUGGAGAAAGGCUACUUGAAAAUAAUAGCUGGUGUACUGGCUGCACUUGUGAUUCUGUUAGUGGUCGGGGUGGCUGUCAUCUGUGCUCAGAAGAAAAAGAAAAACAACAAACCUAAAGAAGAAGAUGAUCAGGAAUUGACCUAUGCUGAUGUCAAGAUCUUUCAGCGACCGGGGAGGCAGAGGCAGCAAAGAGCAGAGACAGAGGUGGAGUACGGCCAACUCGUGUUUUCUGAGCGCCCUCCACAGACUGAGGAACCCGCAAAAGAUGAGUGUGUGUACGCCAAGGUCCGUAAAGGAAGGUGAGACACAGUGUUUAAAGACUGCACCACUGAUCUCUGUUAAGAGGCCAAAAGACUUUUCAGCUGAAUUUAAUGGGAUUUCCUGUUGGAAAAAAAAAUCACUUUUACUGUUGUCUUCUACAGUUCUAUUACAUUACAUUUUCCUGUAUUACAAUUCUUUGGAUUAUGUUGUUCUAACUUUUUACUUGUUUCUUAUUUAUGAGUAUAUUUACCCUGAUUUCAUCGUAAAAACACUGCAAACUUGCAAUAAUGUAAAUACAAUUUUACAAUUAAAAAUGUCUUUACAAUGUAUUGUAUUGUGUUACUCACUUGAUGUCAAAGUGAUUUAAAGUUUGCAUUUACUGCGAUCGAAUUGUAUUCCUGAAACAGAUCUGGAUGAAUGUUUGAGGGUCGGAGUAUAAACUAGUAUUCUCUUGCAUAUGUUGUGUGGAUUCAUUUAACGUUUAGUAUAGUGUGCGGGAGUUAAUGUCAAAUAUGACCAUGAUAUAUUUGUUUGACUCUCUUGCCUUAAGUUAAGUUUGGAGAGUAAUGUCUUGUUUCAGGAAGUUUGCAGUUACCACAUAUUUGUUUCCAUGGCGUUAACGUUUCUCAACAAUGUCAUUACAUUUGUGUCAGUUAAUGUUAAAAUUUCCCCUUAAUGCAGUGGUUAAUAUGAGUGAAUUGUGUAGUUUUAAUCAUGCUCCUUUCUCUAAUAUAAAAGUUAUUGAUGGAAUUGGUCCUUUUUUGUAGCUGCUGACAUAUAGCAUACAGUUGAGUUACAUUAUACCUCAGAAUUACCAGCAACCACAGUUCAUGCACUAACUUUGUGUUUCUUAACUGAGUUAGCAGCAAAAGAGGAACACCUUUUAAAAAGAGGAUGUUCUUUUUCUCCCUUACUGAGAGGGACAAAUCUAGUGUGAGGAAAUUAUGCAACUUUUCAUGCCUAGCGUUCAAUGCGUAUCUUUUAACACCAUCAAGUUUCUAUAUUUAGUUCUAGGUCUUUGUGGCUUCCAGUUUAGAACGUUGCUUCUUUUUUUUUACGAUCUAAUAUUAACCAGUUGGUUAACAUUCAAGAUUGUUCAUUAUUCGAAAACAAAUACAGCCAUUUGCCUUGAAUUAAAUAUAUUCUCAUGCAAAUGAGGACUAGAUCAUUUGUAAUUUACAGCCAUUUUUGUGCUAUUGGCAGGUGAAAAAGAAGGGAUUAAUGGUAAAACGCAGCGCAAAUUCAACAGGGUAACUCCUCUGAACUUUUCAGAUUCAAAAGUAUUUAUUGUGAAAGAAAGUACAAAAGCAAACUGAAAGUGCUCUUAUCACAAAACACACCUAAGGAAUUGCCCCCCAGGAAAUAGGGGCUGCAGAACCUUAGUUAUUGUUUUUGAAAAUUGGUGAGGCACACAGAUUGGUUUCUGACACACAGAUGUGUUUAACAUCUGACCUAACCAAAGGUUGUAUUGAAAUAUUCAAAUAUGCAGGAUGGGAGCAGCUGUAGAGGAAAUGAUAUUAAUAGCCAAAUGAAAAUAACUUGAACCAAUAAUGGGAAUAAAAACUAUUCUUUAUUACAAUCUUAGAUAAAAAGGCCUAUAUAAAGCCAUAACAUAAUCUUUAAUCCUCUAAAAUGUUCUGUCCAACAUAAAUUAGGGAAAACUGGGGAAUCAAAAUAAGGCCACUGGUAGGGAGGCAGAGUACACUGAGGAGUGCCCAGGCCACUAUAGCAGAUUUAAUGAAAACUUUAAGUUAACCGUGAGACAUGGGAAAAUCCUGGUAAUAAAUGAUGCGUUCUACACUCGUAUCCCAGUGCUUUAAACGCAUUCUUUGUGGAGAAUUCAGCACCGGUGCCUAGCCAAACCCAAUUGGUUUCAAAACAUAACUGAAAACAAUAACAAGCAAAACAAAACAGUGGCAAAACAGCAGCAGGAUAACCUGCAAAUAAAUAAAUCUUUUCGCCACUACUGAUAUGAGGCAUUAACUCAUGGAAUCACUCAUUGUUACCAGGACAACAAAAAGGUUCCAAAACCAUGUUUCCAAGCAACAUGUUAGACCAGAGCUAAAUAUGAAGUUUAGAUCAAAUGUGAAGUAAAUUCCUCAACUACAUACCUGAACACAAACCACUACAAGCUUCCACAGAGAAAGAGGACAGAGGCUGAAGGAAUGGGUUUAGGCCAACAGGUGUAACCCUAUUCACUUUAAAUGCUCAGUGUAUUCUGAACUAAUAAGAAUGUGAGUCAACAGAUCAAAUCCUAUAUGAUAUUCUAUUAACUAAUCUAAAUAUCACUCAGAUUCUUUGUUUUCCUGCCUCUUCUAAAUUACCCCAUUUUUUUGGUUAACCAUUGUGCAGUUUACAUGCUCCAAACCAUGAGAGGGUGUGUCCGAACGCACAAGACGUAACAUUAAACAGUAAAGGCAGAAAUUAAUAUAGAUUGAUUCUGGAAAGCAUCAGCCAGAAUGAAGUCCAUGCAUUAAGUUAGUUAAAUUAACUUAUUUAAACCCUAGUUGAUAUUUUGAAUCUAAUAGACACAGGAUAAUGUUCAGGGCAACUCAUAGUGAACAUUUUGGAGAAACAACUUUUAGAACUCCGAUCAGAUGGUUCAAUGGAUAAGCUCAAGGUCUACGGUUCGAUCCCCAGCUCCUCCUGUCUGCAUGUCCCCAAAUUUCUCCCCGGGGGCGCUUUACAGCAGCCCAAUGCUACUAAUGUUUAGGCCGGGUCAAAUGCAGAUGUCAACGAUAAAAAUAAAAUAAAAUAAAGAGGCUGUUGCAUCUACUAACAGCCUCUUGGUAUGAGCUUGUGUUGAGGUCAGGAAGUGUAUGCUAAAUGAGUCUUUUUUAGUAAGCUUUGUAGGUUUUAAGUGAAAUAUUCAAAACACACACACACACACACACACACACACACACACACACACACACACACACACACACACACACACACACACACACACACACACACACACACACACACACACACAUAUAUAUGUAUUUCAGCUGUUUAUGUGCAUUUGAUCAAAGAAAGAAGUUAGGUUACAUGAUUGGUUUGAUAGCUUAAGGUUAAAAGUUGACAACCGUGGACUUCCUAUUCAGAUGAUUCACAGAGCCAUAAAAUUGGUGUUUAUGGUUCAUGAUAGUCAUGGUGGCCAUAAACAACCACCUAAGAUCAUAUUUCUGUUGUUGAACCCUCUCAUUGAAACAGGGUUGAACUUCUGAUCGACAUACUCUAGUGAGCAAAUUAUUGACAACACAGGAGUAGUGUAAUAAAGCUGCUCCAACAAUCCAGUAUCAUGUUGCUACUUUGUUCAAAACAAUAAUUGUAUGGGUACCAAAACGUCCAGUAUUGUUGCAGCUGUUAGCCUUUUAAUUUGUGUAUAACACAGGAAAUCCAAAGAGAUUCAAAUGUUACACCUUAGCUCUUAAUAGGUUUGGUUGGACCACAAUUAAACAUUUAUUUUUUUCCUCAUAAAAACCAGGUGAUAUAGUUAUAGUCAUGACACAUUCAUGUGAUGUUGCCCAGCCAUGCCAAAUUUAUCAAACUUCAAUCCUGAGCAUGUCAGUUUUUGAUUAAAGAUAUCCUACAGGUGACUUAUGAUUUAGUAUUAAGAUCAUUUUUUUUAUUCAAAAUUGUUGAAGUUUGAUUGAAUAUUAAUUAAUUAUUUGCACAGUAUUUGUACAGUACAGGUAUUUACUGUUGUACAGUGUGAAUCUAAAGAAAUUCAGUGUUGGCUUUAAUGGUUUCUGUGAAAAGAUCCUUCUGUAAUGUGUAUGAUUCAAUAAAAAAUGAUGGUC